AUGGAAGAGUUCACGGGCACCUCGGACGCGUUGACGAACGCGUGCGCGUUCGCGUUGUGCGCCUCGGUCGUCGGAUUAGUCGCGCUGAAACUUUCCAGGAGGACGAUGACGAUGAUGAUUGAAAGGAGCGCGACGACGAGAGAGCAGGAGCGAGGCGGAGGGAGAAAACCGAAGACGACUUUGAAAGAACUGAAAUGUUCGAGUGCGAGCGAUGAUGAGAAAGUUACGAUCACGUUUUAUUACGGGACGCAAACCGGCACCGCGGAACGGUACGCGAACACGUUAGUCGAAGAUGCGCAAAAACGCUACGGUUUGAAACAAAUCUUCGCCAGAGCGGUGGAUUGCGAAGACGUGAAACCAGACGUGUGCGAGGAGGUUUUGAGCUCGGAAAAGUGCGCGGUGUUUUUACAGUCAACGUACGGCGACGGAGACCCGACGGAUGGGUCCGCGGACUUCUGCAGAUGGUUGGAGGAAACGGCGACGGAUGGUCGGAUGCCGGAUAUGCUCGAGGAUAUGCAUUUUUGUACGUUUGGACUCGGGAAUCGAUCGUACGAACAUUUUAACGCCGCUGCGAAGCAGGUGGAUAAAGCGAUAUCCGGAUUAGGUGGAAAAAAAAUGAUGAAGAUCACGUUAGGAGACGACGAUAAGAGUUUGGAGGAGGAUUUUGAGGAGUUUAAGGAGGCGUUGUGGAGGCAAUUAGAAAAGACGUUCCAGUUGAAAGCGGAAGGAGAGGAAGGCGAUUUCGACGUUGAAAAGCAUUCGUAUGCGAUUAGAAAAGAAGAAGACGCGGAAAAAGUGAACGAGUUGACGAAGAUCAGGGAGAGGAAAUCGUUCGAGAUGUCGAGGGGAAGUGAAAUUCCGACGCAAGCGAAACCGUACGCGUGUCCGAUAAAGUCGCGCAAAGAACUGCACGCGGGUAAGUCGGAUCGAUCGUGCGUGCACGUGGAAUUCGACGUCUCGCAGUGUAAAGGAUUGACGUACGAAAUUGGGGACCAUUUGGGUGUGUUCGCGGAAAACGCGCCGGAUGUGGUCGAUAGAGUGUGUAAGUUAUUGAAGGUGUCGAAACAAACGCCGAUGGAGUUGGUGAGAAGAGACGACGCGCCGAAAUCGUUGUUGCCGGUAUUCCCGGGGCCGAUUUCCGUUGGUAUUGCCGUGGCGAGAUACGCGGACGUGUUGUCCAUGCCUCGAAAAACCGCGAUUAAAGCGUUAGCGUCGUUCGCGACGAAUAAGAAAGAAGCGAAAGAGUUGGAUUUGUUAGCCGUAGACAAGGCGAAAUACCACGCGUACGUCGCCAAUCCGCACAGAAGUUUAUUAGAAGUCAUGGAAAAGUUCCCGUCUGCGGUCCCGACGUUAGGCGCGUUUUUCGGAUGCGUCGCCGGGAGAUUGCAGCCGAGAUAUUACUCCAUCUCGUCGUCGCCGAAAGACGUGACCAACGGGAGCGGCAUCGUCACGGCAACCGUGGCGGUGGUGAAACACAAAACGAAAACGGGGAGAGUACACGAAGGCGUGUGUUCGACAUUCUUGCAAAACGUUCGCGAAGGCGAUCGCGUGCCCGUGUUUGUGCGCAAAGCGACGUUCAAGUUACCGAAAGAUGUGAAAGCGCCGGUCAUUUUAAUCGGUCCAGGGACUGGGUACGCCCCGUUCAGAGGUUUCUUACAAGAACGAGAGUAUCUGUUGAAAUCGAAAAAACAAGAGUUGGGAGAGUGCAUGUUAUUUUUUGGCUGCAGAAAAGAAGAGCACGAUUACAUAUACAGAGACGAAAUGGAAAACGCGUUAUCGGAGAAGGUGAUCACGUCCCUGGACGUCGCGUUCAGUCGCGACGACCCGAAGAAGAAAGUGUAUGUGCAAGACAAAAUUCAAAUGAAAGCGAAGGACGUGUAUAAAAUACUCCGAAGCCCAAACGGCGCGGUGUACGUGUGCGGAGACGCCAAGCACAUGUCCAGGGAUGUCAACAGAGCCUUGUUGCAAGUAUUACAACGCGAAGGCGAAUACGCGAUACACGAAGCCGAGGAAAUCAUUCGUCGAUUAGUCGUCGAUAAGAGAUACAUGAAGGACGUGUGGUGA